UGAAUGCAAUCAGAUUAACAGAUUUACAUGCCUCUUUGCUUUGCGAAAAGGUGGUGCUUACACAAGUACAUUGGAAACAAGCGGAGACUUUAAUUUGAUUGCAUUCAGCGAGAGUGCCAGCUGAGUUGAAUAAAUCCAGGUAGAACCAUAGUUUCAUUGGAAAAGGGCCCUUAAAUCCAUAGCUUUCAUUUUCUUCUUCUUUGAUGUUAAAUUGGAGUUGGAUGUGAUCAUCAGACCCCUUUAUGUACGACAACACGUAUGUAAAUCUGGGAUAUUAAAAAGAGUCGCAAUUCGUUACAAUACAUUCAAGGGUCUUACUCCAAUGAAAGAGUAACUUGAAAGAAACAGAAAUAACUAAUUUUAGCUGUAAUUUCAGUUGUCAAAUCAAAUAUUAGACUUUUUCUAAUGUAAUAAUAUUUUAGUUAAAAUGCAGAAGUCCGAUCAAUAAAUAAAUACACAAAGACAGGCACACAAAAGAAUUGGUGCACAGUUUUAGAUAUAAAAUGAAAACAAGACAGAGCAGUUUGUUAUUUUUAUUAAUAAAAUCUUUACAAAAAGCCCGCUGCAGUGCUGAAAGAAAGUCUUUAAAAAUGUACAGGUGACAUAUUUAAAUUUGGGCCAACAUUGCUUUCUUCAUUUGAUUGUAACAAGUGAAAUGAAACUUCAGAAUCCAAAUAAAAGGCGACUAUCGACUACCGCUGUCCUUUUUGUUAUUCAGUCUUGUUGGAAACAAAAUAGGAAUUCACUGUUCCGCACUGUACACCUGAUAAUGAAGUUCCCAGGGCUGCAAAGGGCCUUGUAGCGUUGAAAUACGUACUGUUUUCCCUCAUUUUUACCUUACCUGAAUAACCCAGCGUCAUUAGACCAUAAUAGACGUGAGGACGCGAUGCAUUUCAAACUUCAUUAUUACUGCCACUGUGUAUGAAAAAGAAGAUAACCUGUAAACGUUGGGGCUUAAUCAUCGCUACCCUUGUGUACCACAAGCUUCCAGGCACCGUUAGUAGUAGUCCAACUCAACUAUUGCAUACGGGCAUUGCACAGUAUCGCUCUGUUCUGAGAAACCGCCCAUCAUGUCUCAGCCGACCAAUAUGUUUUCUGUUUGCAUGAUGGUGGUUCUUCUUGCCUUCGUUAAGGCAAGUGGACAUAAUGACACCAAUGUCUGUAAUGUUACAACCAUUUUGACGCAAGAGAACUUUGAUAUUAACCAGUAUCUUGGAAAGUGGUACGAAGUCAAAUGGUUUCCACCUUUUACACAUGCUCCGUCCGACAUUUGGUCAGAUUACCAGACAACAUAUGAAAUGUCCAACACCGGUAACUUCACCGUGACCAUCCGAGCAAGAGAAACUCCUGCAAACAAAACCUGUUUAGUAAUAAAGAAUACGCUGUAUACAAGUGACACUCCAGGAAAGCUCAUGGAAGGCACCAGACAUCAAUGGGUAAUCAAGACGGACUACACAUCUUACGCUCUGGUGUAUACAUGUGCAGAAUUUUUUCCAAAUAUGACCUGUAUGGCACACGAUUCUAAAGUAUGUUCAAGGACAACCAGUCUCCCGCAGGAAACUCUUACCAUGUUGGAUGGGGUUAUGCAAAGUGUGCUCUGUAUCUCUCUCGCAGAACAUGUUGAUACACCGCAAGACAAAAGUUGUGAUGUCAAAACUAGCAAAGGAACUCUGCCAGCUGCUAGUUUGGCUGCAUUAAUGUUUUUUCUUAUUCUGACUCGACUGUUCUAAUCACUUGGACAUUUUUGCUAGAUUGUAAAUCUGUUAUUGUCACGAUGACGUAAUCAUAGUUCAUAUGUGGUGCUAAAUACCAGUAUAUUUAGCUCUGGGUGCAUGGAACGUGUAUCAAGUGUCCAAGAUUUAUAGGAUUUAGUUACGAAAUAUAUAUCUUAGGAGAAAUUUGUUUUUAUGGCGUUCGGUGGGAAUAAUAUUAGAUAUAAAUACAAGUUAAGUUCUCAAACGUAGAGUGCUUUACGUCAUGAAGACGCCUGUUUUCUUUUAAAUUUUCAAAUUGCUAAUCAGUUAUAAUCAUUUUGGCUUUUUUUCGUAUCAGCGUUAUCCUCGAUAAUAUCAAAAGAUUUCUUUCAUAUAAUAUUGUUAAUACUAGGUACUUUAAAUAUUUUUACCUUUUUUUCGCAAAAUCGACAUUUAAGGUUUAUAAUCAGCUACUUGUUAUAUAUAUAUAUAGCUGUCAUACACAGCACUGACAUAACCGACGAGUCUUAUUGAAGUAGAUAAUUUUUCACUUUCCAACUUUUGAACUCUGUACAAAUUCCGACUCGUCGCAAAAAUGUUUUUGGAAAUAAAAAGCAAGUUGUUGUGUG